AUGUAUAAUUUAAUUUAUUUAUUUAUUUUAUUAAAUGUAUUAAAUAUACAUUUAUCAGUUGCAUUAGUUUCAGAAUCAGCUUCAUACAACACAAACAAUCCUUUUUGGACACUAUCUUUGAAACUAAAUGGUAUUACACCUAUACCUCAAUCUGGUAUUGAACAAAGAUUUAUCUUUUCAACAGAUAACUUGUUAAUUUUAGAUCAAAACAAUAAUGCUUGGAUAAUAGACAAUCAUUUUGAAAUAGAUAUAAAUAUUAAAUAUCUCUAUAAAUCUUUAGGAUUAAGAUUUAUUGGUAAUUACUAUAAUGCCUAUGAAGAGGAAUUGGAUCAAUCAAAUCAUAGACCUUGCGACUCGAAGAUUGCCAAUCAAGUUUGUUGUUCAAACAAUAAAAUAAGAAUAUUUAGACGUGGGACCUCGGUACCGAUUUUGUUAUUUGCUUUUGCAAAAAACCCAAAUUUGGUAAUCAAAGAUUAUUUCUCUGCUGAAGUAAACAUACCAGGCUACCCAACAUUUCAUUUAGAUUCACAGAAUAACAAUGGAAAUAAUAGUUUAGGUUUACAGCUAAGUGGUAUGGAGGAUACAGUACAAUUCAAAGAUAUUGAAAAUCGAUAUUAUCUAGCAAUCAACAGUAUUGAUACAUCAAUGUUUUUAAUACCCAUAUCAAUGGUUGGACAUGAUACAAAUCAAAUCGGUAUCACAAUGGAUAUUUGGAAAUCAAAGGAUAUUUGUAAUAAUCCAUUAGGUUAUUAUAUUAAAACAAAUAUGAAUUCAAUUAAUGAUCAAUUCAAAAACUAUAAAGAUCUUUUAUUUUCUAAAGUAUAUCCAGAUUGUGUUAUUGAUCAACUGAAUAGUAAUUUCCAAGUUGCUUCCAGUAAAGAAUUACAGAUGUCAUUAAAUUGUAAAAAUUUUAGUUCAGUUUUAAGAAUGUCUUUGGAUACCAACAAUUAUAGUAUUCAUUCAAACCCCAAAUCAGAAAUUUUGAAUUCUGGUAUCACUCCAUUAAUAAAUGAUACUUUAAUAGCAAGUAUUUAUGUCGAUAUUCAUAAUAGUGGUGCAUAUACAGGAACAUACACUUUGAAACCAAUAUUUUGUUGUAAUGGAGAAGAAGAUGAUAACUGCAAUUCAAUACGUAUUCUUCAAGAAAGUUUAUCUUUAAAUAUUGAAAAAGAUUCAACAAAAAGAUAUAUAUUCGAUAUUUCGAAUGAUUUUGCAUUGGACAAAUCUGGAUAUUGUAAGUUGUCAUUUUUUGAUGGAAUAAAGUUUAAUAAGAAUAUCAGGGUGAACUUCUCAACUACUGUUGAGCAAUAUAAGCUACCACCACUAGAUCCUACAACCACCACCAAUAUGAUGACAAGCAGAUACUAUUCGAAAUCAGAGUUGGAUGCAGCAUCUAAUCCAAUCACUUGUCAAGCAGGAUAUGUACUUGGUUACAAAGAUGAUGAAUUCUCAUGUGUUAGAAAUUGCACGGUUGAUGAAUUCAUGGAUUACAAUACAUGGAUCUGUAUUCCCAAGAAAUGUAAAGCGGGAACCUAUUUCAAUCAAGAAACCAGACUCUGUGGUGAUAUACCUCCCAAUUGUGAUGAGGGUUACUAUUUCGAUAAAGAACAGAAUGCUUGUGUUCCAUCUUACAGUCCACCUCCAGAAUAUUGUAAAGUAUCAAGCUCAACAAAUUGUACCAGUGGAAAUGAAAUUAUUACAAAUAACUAUACAUCAAAUAACGAACCGAAUGUUACAGGUCCAUCUAUUACAUUGACAGGAAUUAUAUUUAUCAUAGUUAUCAUUGUAAUAUUACUUGCAAUCAUCAUUACAGUUAUUGUUUGUUGUAAGAGAUAUAAGAGAAAAGAAAAGAAAAAGAAAUACAAAGAGGCAAAAUUACAAUAUUUGAAAAAUAGAUACAAUCAUCAAACCCAUAGAAGAGUUAGAAGAGGAGGAUAUGGAUAUGGUGAAGAAAAUAGAUAUCAUAAUAAUAAUAAUAAUAAUAGGAGCUUAAAUAGAAGACCAAAUGGAAAUAUUAUAACCGAAGUUAGACCGAUGAAUAAUAAUAGUAUUCGUGAAAGAAAUAACAAUUCUAAUCAGAAUAUCACCAAUAGAAAUAGAAGGAAUGAUUUUGACUCUGAAGAACAUAGAAUGAAGAGAACUUGUUUGGAGAGUAGAUUGAUUGUACAUCAGAUGACGGAGACCAAUUGUCAAACUGGCUUUAGAUCUUCGGUUGGUUGGAGUGCAUCUAUUAAAGUUUUGAUUAUUAGCGAUGUUGAUGAUGAUGAAGAUGAUGAUGAUGAAUUUAUUUAA